GAAAUCCCUGCCCACCCGAAGCCAGAAUGUCCAGCAAGCGGGCCAAGGCCAAGACCACCAAGAAGCGGCCCCAGCGGGCUACGUCCAAUGUCUUCGCCAUGUUUGACCAGUCCCAGAUCCAGGAGUUUAAGGAGGCCUUCAAUAUGAUCGACCAGAACCGUGAUGGCUUCAUUGACAAGGAAGAUUUGCAUGACAUGUUGGCCUCUCUUGGAAAGAACCCCACAGAUGAGUACCUGGAGGGUAUGAUGAGCGAGGCACCAGGGCCCAUCAACUUCACCAUGUUCCUCACCAUGUUCGGGGAGAAGCUGAAUGGCACAGACCCUGAGGAUGUGAUCCGCAAUGCCUUUGCCUGCUUCGACGAGGAGGCCUCAGGCUUUAUCCAUGAGGACCACCUGCGGGAGCUGCUCACCACCAUGGGUGACAGGUUCACAGAUGAGGAAGUGGACGAGAUGUACCGCGAGGCACCCAUUGAUAAGAAAGGCAACUUCAACUACGUGGAAUUCACCCGCAUCCUCAAACAUGGCGCCAAGGACAAAGAUGACUAGGUUACUCUUAGCCCUCCUGAUGCCCAGACCCCACCCCAGUCACCUCCCCCACACUCACACACUCGACUGUACCAGCUCUGUGCCACAGCCACAACCCUCCCCAUGAGAGGUUAGGGUCUCAGUGCCCAGGGCAGUAAAUGAGCCUCAAGACACACAGGGUGAGGUAGAGGUACACAGAGGCUUAAGGCAGGUGCUCCCACCAUGACCCCAGACACUAGAAGGGGUCUCUGAACCCUGCAAGGAAGGACCACGGUCUGGGGAGGUGAGCCAAGGGCAGGACCAACAGGGGGAGGCCCCUGAAGAUGACCAGCGUCAGCCGUGCCCUCACUUUCCUGGGCUAUCCCUAGAAGGAAAGCAGCUGUGUCCUGGUGUCAGACACUAAUUCCCAGCAUCCCCACAAAGACACACACUCACCAUGUCCCUUCAGAGGAUGACAAUGCUCCUUUAUGCCUGUCCAAUUCCUAGAGCAUACCCACUCCACCAAGGGGUGCAGACAGUGCACACAGAGGGGGAUUGUCUGAGGGAAUGCAGUCUCUAAUACAAGGCUGAACACUG